AUGUACGGCGCGGGCGGCGGCGGCGGCGGCCGCGCCAAGCCCGACAGGAAGAACGGCGGCGCGGAGGAGGCCGGGCCGGGCGGCGGCGGCGGCGGCGGCGCGGGCGCGGGGUCCCGGGUGGAGCUGCUGGUCUUCGGCUACGCCUGCAAGCUCUUCCGCGACGACGAGCGCGCGCUGGCGCAGGAGCAGGGACAGCACCUCAUCCCCUGGACGGGGGACCCCAAGAUCCUCGUCGACAGAUACGAUGGCCGGGGUCAUCUGCAUGACCUUUCUGAGUACGAUGCCGAGUAUUCCACAUGGAACAGAGAUUAUCAGCUGUCUGAAGAGGAGGCGCGAGUAGAGGCCCUGUGUGAUGAAGAGAGGUAUUUAGCCUUGCAUACGGACUUGCUUGAGGAGGAGGCAAGGCAAGAGGAAGAAUACAAGCGAUUGAGUGAAGCACUUGCCGAGGACGGCACCUACAACGCAGUGGGAUUCACAUACGGCAGUGAUUAUUAUGACCCAUCAGAGCCAACGGAGGAAGAGGAGCCAUCCAAACAAAGAGAAAAAAUUGAGACUGAAAAUCCUGAAGAAAACGAGGAGCCAUUUGUUGCCCCAUUGGGAUUGAAUGUGCCAUCUGACGUGGAACUGCCCCCAACAGCCAAGAUGCAUGCCAUCAUCGAGCGUACAGCCAACUUCGUGUGCAAGCAGGGUGCGCAGUUUGAGAUCAUGCUGAAGGCGAAGCAGGCCCGAAACUCCCAGUUUGAUUUUCUGCGCUUUGACCACUACCUCAACCCUUACUACAAAUUCAUCCAGAAGGCCAUGAAAGAAGGACGCUACACGGUCCUAGCGGAAAGAAAGAGCGAGGAGAAAAGGAAGUCAGGCAGCUCUGAUCACGAUGACGAUGAGGAUGAGGAUGAUGGGGAAUACCUACACCCGUCUCUCUUUGCCUCUAAGAAGUGCGAUCGCCUGGAAGAGCUGAUGAAGCCUCUGAAGGUGGUGGACCCGGAUCACCCCCUGGCCAUGCUCGUCCGCAAAGCCCAGGCUGACAGCCCGGCCCCCACCCCACCUGCUGCGGAAGGCACUGCCACGCAGCCCUCCCAGGUGGAGUAUGCUGCUGACUCAACUGUGGCAGCCAUGUACUACAGUUACUACAUGCUGCCCGAUGGCACCUACUGCCUGGCCCCUCCACCGCCAGGAGUGGACGUCGCCACCUACUACAGCACCCUGCCUGCGAGGGUGGCUGUCUCCAGCUCCGGUGGUGUGACAACCACAGCGCCACCCCCACCGGGGACCACACCACCGCCACCCCCAACCACGGCAGAGACAAGCAGUGUGGUGACCGCCACCACUAUCACCACAAGUGCCCUGGCCCCAGGGGCCGCCAUCAUUCCCCCCCCACCGGACAUCCAGCCCGUCAUUGACAAGCUAGCUGAGUAUGUGUCUCGGAACGGCCUGAGAUUUGAGACCAGCGUUCGGGCGAAGAAUGACCAGAGAUUCGAGUUCCUGCAGCCAUGGCACCAGUACAACGCCUACUACGAGUUCAAAAAACAGUUCUUCCUCCAGAAAGAGGGCAGGGAAAGCGCCAAGACCGCAGCAGCCUCCGAGGAGGCAUCCACACAGUCUGUGCCUGACAACCCCAGUGAGGCUGGGGAGGAUGGUGCACCUGAUGACGUGGUGGACGGGUCAGGCCGAGGAGGCUCCGGGGGGCGGAAAGAGGCAGCCUCUGGCAAGACGCUGGCGGACGGCAAGCUCGUGAAAGCCUCAUUCGCUCCCAUCAGCUUUGCCAUUAAGGUUAAGGAAAAUGACUUGCUCCCUCUGGAGAAGAAUCGUGUGAGGCUGGACGAUGACAGCGACGAGGACGAUGAGAGCAGGGAAGGGCAGGAGAAUGUGGGCAAUGCCGCCACCCCCCACCCACCUGUCACCCUGCCUCCUGUGGUGGUGGAAGAGAAGAAGCCGCAGCUCACUCAGGAGGAGUUGGAAGCCAAACAAGCCAAGCAGAAGCUGGAGGAUCGGCUGGCAGCAGCUGCCCGGGAGAAGCUGGCGCAGGCGUCGAAGGAGUCAAAGGAGAAACAACUUCAGGCAGAGCGGAAGAGGAAGGCUGCCCUGUUCCUGCAGACCCUGCGCAGCCCCGUGCCUGACACCGAGGUUGGCAGGGCCGAGGAAAGUCCCUGCAGUGUGGAGGAAGCCUCUGUGGCGCCCUGUCCUCUGCUGACUGGGGCCAGGUCCCUUCCGGCCAUGGAUGCCAAGCCCCCCGAAGUGCCCCCAAGCAGAAGCAGAGACCCACCCCGAGAGGAGGAGAGAGAGAAGAGGAAGAAGAAGCACAAAAAGCGUUCCCGGACUCGGUCGCGCUCCCCCAAGUACCACUCCUCGGCCAAGUCCAGGUGCCGGUCCCACUCCAAGGCCAAGCACUGCCUUCCCAGUGCCUACCGGACUGCACGGCGCUCCAGGUCCCGGUCCCCUCGGAGAAGAGCUCAUUCCCCCGAGAGACGGAGGGAAGAGAGGAGCGUUCCCACCGCCUACCGGGUGAGCAACAGCCCCGGAGUCAGUAGGAAGCGCACCCGGUCCAGAAGCCCCCAUGAGAAGAAGAAGAAGCGGCGUUCUCGGUCAAGAACCAAGUCCAAGGCCAGGUCUCGGUCCCUGUCCCCAAGCAAGCCGGCCCCGUGCCGGCACUCGGCCAGCAUCUCUCCCGUGGAGAGCCGGGGCUCCAGCCAGGAACGCUCCAGGGGGGUCUCUCAGGAAAAGGAUGGGCAGAUCUCCUCAGCGAUCGUAUCCUCUGUACAGAGCAAAAUCACUCAGGACCUCAUGGCCAAAGUCAGAGCAAUGCUCGCAGCUUCCAAAAACAUGCAGACCAGUGCCUCCUGAGACGGCGGGGCCCCUCCCUGACUCCCCAGACUCUGCGGUUUUGUAAAGUCACUUUUGACGACGUUUUCAGUUUAAGGGUUUCGACCAGCAGCCUCCUCACCUGUAUAUUUGUAAAUACUAUCAUGUUUCUGUGGAAAUGUAUGAUGGAAUAAAUGGGAAACACCGUUUUUUU